AUGUCUGCUCAUAAUAAGGUCGGAUGGUCGUAUCAAACUAUCAGCUUUUAUCUAUCUAUCUAUCUAUCUAUCUAUCUAUCUAUCUAUCUAUCACAUGUCUCAUCUGUUCGUAUCUAUCUAUCUAUCUAUCUCAGUCUGUUUGUCUAUCUAUCUAUCUAUCUAUCUAUCUAUCAUCUAUCUUCUAUCUAUCUAUCUAUCUAUCUAUCCUCUAUCUAUCUAUCUAUCUAUCAUAUCUGUUCGUAUAUAUCUAUCUAUCUAUCAUCCUAUCUCAGUCUGUUUCUGAAUCUAUCUAUCUAUCUAUCUAUCUAUCUAUCUAUCUAUCUAUCAAAGUCUGUUUGUAUCUAUCUAUCUAUCUAUCUAUCUAUCUCUAUUUAUCCAUCUAUCCAUCCUAUCUAUCCAUCUAUCUAUCUAUCAUCCAUCUAUCUCCAUCUGUUUGUAUCUAUCCAUCUAUCUAUAAUUAUCCAAAUAUCUAUCUAUCUAUCUAUCACAGUCUGUUUGCAUCUAUCUAUCUAUCUAUCUAUCUAUCUAUCUAUCUAUCUAUUUCAUCUGUUCUAUUCCAUCUCUAUCUCCUAUCUAUCAAUCUCUCAAUCUAUCUAUCUAUCUAUCUAUCUAUCUAUCCAUCUAUCUAAGUCUGUUCGUAUCAUAUCUAUCUAUCCAUCUAUCUAUCUAUCUAUCUAUCUGUUAUCUAAUUCUCUAUCUAUCAUUCAUCUAUCUAUCAAAUCUGUCUAUUCCUAUCUAUCUAUCUAUCUAUCUAUCUAUCCAUUCAUCUAUCUAUCUAUCUAA